AUGGCUUCACCCACCUUUUCGGAGGAGGGAGAACUGAGGGUCGAAUACGAACGCCGCAACGCGCCGCGACUCUCGGACCACAUAACACGCCGCGGACACGUGGGACCGGUACCGCUUCCGUCCGAAUCCGUAUACAUCCCGGCACCGCCCGCGCACACGAGCCCACCACGUGCUACUCAGUACCAGACACCGGGAAACGCGCCCAUACCGGGAAUGUGGCCGACGUCCGCACACGCAAACCCGGCACAACCGACCACAACGUGGUACCCGGAGCCCCACACUGCCACCGAUAUGUCGGCACACUCACAGCGCCCUUCCAUUCAUCUGAGCCAAGCCGACUUCGCGUCCACUCCAGCACGAUCACUACCCCAUCCGGCAACAAUGGCCAACUCGCCACGCCCUUAUCCUCUCGCUACGCCGCAAGACUGUGCGCGAGAGGCCUGGAAAAUCUUCGUCGAACUAGGAGAGCAGGAAGGGGCGGUGGUACCAGACGAUCCCAUGGACGCAGCGGACGCGGUCAUAGGAUGGCUGCGUUACUUCGCCUCAUCACUAAAGACGGGGAGGAUCUGGACGCGACACACCCGCUUCUACAACGACCUCGGUCGUAUGCGCGCAUUCGCCGACCUCCUACGCGCCUCUCGUGACAUGGGGGACAACAACUACCUCGAAUACGACUACGACCUCACGGACUUGGUCAGUCGGGCAGAGCGCGCGGGGCAGACCCCAUUACAUCAGAUAAUGAGCGAGGGAGUUCCCAUCACGCCGCUCGACCAUGCCCCAGUC